UUUUAAUUAACACGUAUAACUAUAAAAAUGUAUUUUUUUACUAAUUAAUGUGUUUGAAUAUGUGUAAUUUAUUUGAAUAAUAAUUUUUAAAAAUUUUGUGUGUUGAGUGUUAGACGCCAUUUUGGAUAAAUGUGUUUUUAACGAAUUGUUAAGUUUAAUGUCACUAAAUAAUGUUUUUAAUGAAAAUUGUGGAUGAAAAUGCGCGAACAUCACGCUGUCGAUGUUUAUGUGACGUGCUUCAUUCGUGUUCGUGGAAAACUUGUGGGUUUUCUUUAAUUUUGUCCGCGCACCCUCCGCGCGCCUUUUUCUUUUGAUUCUGUGCUCGUCAACACAUUAAAUACGAACAUUUUUCUAUUAGGAUUUAGAAAAUCAUACAGUGUGUAAUUAAUUAACAACUAUUUUAAUUAAAUAAAUAAUUUAUGAAGUGGUAAACAUGAUAAAGUGCAGUGGAAAACAAUUUAAUUGCGUUUGGAAGUGCAGAAACUAUCAAAAAGAACAUUUAAUGUUUAAAUUAACAUCAUCCAUAUAAUUAUCAAGUGUAUUGCACGGCACGUGUCUGCGCAGGGCGGUGGGUUGUUCCUGUUCUCCUCGAAGAGAGCGAGACAGCCUCACGAUGGACCCGUCGACAAGCUACGUGCCGAACAACCCGCAGUUUGGGGUGCAGCUCGAGUGCAACUGGAGCGCCACACUCCCCGCGUUGCAGACGGUGCAAACUUUACCAGCGACGGCGGUGCCUGCCGCCUCCUGUGCCAACCCACAAAACGAUCUUUCGGCCAUUUCUACUAAUUCCGGCGGAUUGUUAGUGCCACAGGACGAGCUCACCACUUGCUGGACUGAGGACAUGGGUUCUUUCACAUUACCUUUGGAUUUGGAACCGUUACCUUCGUUGUUUCCGUUUUCGCCAUGUUCUGGAAAUUCUAAUUCAUACAAACAAGACCUGGGAAACUUGGGUCUAUCACAUCACAGUCACAACCAUCCACAUAAUCAACAAGUUUUUUCACUUCGUGGAGACACAAAACAACCCGCUGAAGUGGCGGAUGUUUUACUUUCAUUGAAACACGCUGUGGUUCAUCCUGGGCAAGAGACGCACCCGCCGACAAAGUGCGAGAACCAACAACACUUGUAUCACCCACAGGUCUUGCUUUCCCCAGGCGGGUAUGCUUCAGGGAUCUGUGAUCAGAACUUUAACGCUCAGCCGCCACCUAUGUUCCCUUCAAUGUCUGUAAAUGUUUCUAUGAACAUGACUAUGCACGGGUAUCAUCCUAGUAAUUAUCCUUCAACAGAAUUGGCAUAUCCACAGGUUCAAUGGAAUCCGAGUCCACAAGUCUCAACCCCAAUGAAUUACCAAUCUGGUCUACUAAGCCCUGGAUACACUGGUGCAACCUAUUCUUUUACCGCAGACUUCCGGCCCCCGCCAACACAAAACGAUCCAUCUCCAACAUUCAAACCAUUUCCUGCAACCCAAACGACGCCAUCAACGCGUCGAAAAGCAUCACUUUCCUCUCAUCCGACAUUUUAUGAAUCAAACACUACUCCUACUGGGGUUGGUGAAUGUGGAAAUGGUGACCUGCUUGAUGCAGCUGCUAAACCAAACGUAUGUCGUAUCUGCGGUAAGUCCUACGCCCGCCCCAGCACGCUCAAGACCCAUUUGCGUACGCACAGCGGUGAAAAACCUUACCGUUGUGUGGAUUGCAACAAGUCCUUCUCGCAGGCAGCGAAUUUAACCGCACACGUGCGCACGCACAGCGGUGAGAAACCUUUCCGGUGUCCGGUGUGUGACCGCCGCUUUUCGCAGUCCUCGUCGGUAACGACGCACAUGCGCACGCACAGCGGCGAGCGUCCUUAUCGCUGCCGCCUCUGUCGCAAGGCAUUCUCCGACAGCAGUACCCUCACAAAACAUCUGCGCAUUCAUUCCGGUGAGAAACCCUAUGAGUGCAAAUUGUGUUUGCUACGUUUCUCACAAAGCGGUAACCUCAAUAGACACAUGCGUGUGCAUGGCAACAAUGGAAUGAUGCCGCCAUGACACUUUGUUUUCCCCGGGUACCGGAAGGCCUAACUUUCUGACUCUGUACAGGACUCUAUUUUGAGAGCAAACUAAUUUUUAAAUCAAUUUAAACAAAUAAAUGUCUUGUUUUUCGGUACCAAAUCUUCAAAUUAAUUGAAACAACGAAUUUAUUAUUAUAUAAACUAAUAUUGAAACACCUGGUGUCUAAAAAUAUAUAAAUGUAUGAAAUCUAGUCAUUUAUAGGAAAAUGAAUGACAAUUAAGACGAAAACAAAAGUUAAAUUUAAUUUUUAAUAAUC